UCCAGACCAAAGGAAGACAGGCAGAGACCAAGAAGGACAAGGCGAAGAGGCACGGACAGAAAGAGUCAGACCCAAAAGGGGACAAGGGCCCCAAUAUUCAUCACAUAGCCACAGAGACAGCUGGAACGAGCCCUGGGAGUAGCUCUACUGCUCACUGUCCCCAUGGGCCACCGUGGGCCAUGGCUGCACACUUCUCUCCUCUGGGCCACAGUAGCCAGCCUGCUCCUCCCUCCUGCCAUGACCCAGCAGCUGAGAGGGGCCGGGCUGGGUCCCAGGAAUGCAAACAACAAUGCAGGCGUCCCUGGGCCCUCGGAGGACAUGUCAACUGAGUUUGGCCACCAUAUCCAGGGCCAUAGGAGCCAUCAAAGUGAGGAGGAGGAAUAUUUUUCCACAGAGACUGGGCAUCCUCUCCGAGGCCACAGAGACCAUGGAGAGGAGGACGAAGGUAUCGCCAGGGAAUCUGGCCACCAACUUCAAGACCACAGGUACCAAGGCCGUGAGGUCAGAGAGGAGGUCUUCCCAGAGCACGUUCGGCGGGUCCCCGAGCACCGAGGCCGUGGUGAUGAAGGUGUGGGAGACUCAGCUGAGCGUGGAAACCACUUCCCCAGCUACACAAGCCACAGCCACAAAGAAGAAGACGAGGAUGACAUUGUCUCCAGUGAACGCCACCAUCACAUCUCCAGACAUGGUCACCAAGAUCACAGAGGGGAAGAGGAGGAGGAGGAGGAGGGGGAGGGGGAGGACGAGAUCUCUUCUGAGUAUAGACACCAGAUGCACAGCCACCGAGGUCACAGGAAGGAAGAGGAUGAGCAAGGCUCAGAUGGACACCACCAUCAUGUCCCUGACCACGCGCACCAAAGUCACAGAGACGAGGAAGAUGAAGAUGAGGAUCUAUCCACUGAGCACUGGCACCAGGUCCCCCGACAUGUUCACCAUGGCCUUAGGGAUGAGAAAGAGGACGAGGAGGCGGUCACAGUCAAGUUCAGCCAUCAUGUUGCAAGCCCCCAACCCCAAGGCCAUAAGAGUGAUGAAGAGGAGGACUUCCCAGAUGAGUAUAAAACAGAAGCCCUUGACCAUCACCACCAUAGAGCCCCCAGGGAGGAAGACGAAGACAUAUCUGAUGAGCUUGGCCACCAGGCCUCCAGCCACAGGCAACAAGACCACCAAGAUGAGCAGCCUGGCCAUGGCCGCAGAGGGUCCAUUCAAGAAGAGAUUGGCCAUCGGCCCCCAGGUCACACAGAGGUUGGGGAGAGAAAUCAUUUGAGGGAGGUUGAUUCUGGAGAGGAAGAGAGGAAGGAGGAUGAUCAAAGCUCUCAGGAGGAAAGCGAUGAGGACUCAGAGGAAGAAGCCCACCCUGGAAUCCUGGAUCAGGAAGAUGAGGAAGAAGAGGAAGGUCAUGGUCUCAGCCUGAGCAAGGAAGAAGAGGAAGAAGAUGAAGAGGAGGAGGAGCAGGAGGAAAAAGAAGAGAAAGAGAGGGAGGAAGAGAGGGCUGAGGUUUGGGUUCCACUGAGUCAAAGUCAUAGAGAAGAGGAGGAGGAAGAGGAAGAGGAGGAGGAAGGACUGGAGGAAAAUGAGCUUCCCUUCACCCUCAUCCCUAACCCCCUGGCUGGGAGGGUGGUGGCUGGAGAUGGCUCCAGUGAGGAAGAAAGCGAUGAGGAUACGGGUCCACAGGAUGCCCAGGAAUAUGGGAACUACCAGCCAGGGUCCCUGUGUGGCUACUGCACCUUCUGCAAUCGUUGCACUGAAUGUGAAAACUGUCACUGUGAUGAGGAGAACAUGGGUGAACACUGUGACCAGUGCCAGCACUGCCAGUUCUGCUACCUGUGCCCGCUGGUCUGUGAAACUGUCUGCAGUCCUGGAAGCUACGUGGACUAUUUCUCCUCCUCCCUGUAUCAAGCCCUGGCGGACAUGCUGGAGACGCCGGAACCUUAACCUAGCUGCCGGGUUGCGACGCAUAUGUCCCUCCCCGCCCUCCAACCCCUCCCCACGCGCCGUAUUUAUUUCUCUGAUUAAACGUGCUCCCCGAAAC